AAAGGAAUCUUACUCAUGGAGGAAACACCAAUUAGGAACACUAGAACACUAGUAAAAAGAGAGAAACAUGAUCUUGAAGGUUUAGAACUGUCCGCGUUCCUUUAGAGAAUUGAGAUUUUUAUGGAACUCAAUAGUUCUUGUAGUCUCCCACCAAACCUUCGAAAACUAGCAGUACACAGUUGGAUAUUUCAGAUUGGCUUCCAAUGUUACAAAUCAUAUGUAUGAGGCUGCUUUGACAGUAGUUGACUAAUUAAACUCUGUCCCUCGUGUUCUUGGGACGUUAUCUUGUCUGACUGUUUCCCGAAUUCCUCUGUCUAUAUUGUUAGUAUUGUAAGUCAUUAAACGCUUAAGCUUUUCCUUAGGAGAACUUCUACAAGUUUCCAUCAUAAUGCAGAAUAUGGAAACAGAGGGGGUGCGGAUAUCUUAUCCAGGUGAUCAAUAUCAUCAUCACUCAGAUUCAGAGAUCACUGAGAGUGAAAGCAAUGUUUACAGUGGUCCACUGAGUGGACCUCUGAACAAAAGAGCAGGAAUGAAAAGCAACUCCAGUGCUUCUUGCAAUAUUUGUGACGAUUCUGUUGCUGCUCAAAGUGUUAAGACGUCUGCUGUUGCCUCUGAUCUUGAAAAAGAUCCCCAGUUGACUUCACCUGCCAGAGGCCUCGAGAAGAGAACCUCGUUUGGUUCCUCAGUCGUAAGAAGCGCUUCUGCACGCAUCACGCAGGUCUCUCAGGAACUGAAGCGUCUCACCUCUUUCUUGAAACGGGCCCCUCCAGCUCGCUUUGAUCGGACUAAGUCCGCAGCAACUCAGGCUUUGAAGGGCCUCAAGUUUAUCAGCAAGACAGAUGACGACGCUGGGUGGCCUGCUGUUGAGAAGCAAUUCAACAAGCUCACAGCUUCCACCAAUGGCUCUCUCCCUCGUUCGCUCUUUGGCAAAUGCAUAGGAAUGAAUGAAGAAUCGACGGAUUUUGCGGGCAACCUUUUUGAUGCACUGGCUCGGGAGCGGGGUAUGAAGGGUGACUCCAUCAACAAGGCCCAGCUGAAAGAGUUCUGGGACCAGAUUUCUGAACAGAGCUUCGACUCCAGGCUUCGAACCUUCUUCGACAUGGUCGAUAAAGAUGCUGAUGGUAGAAUCACUGAAGUGGAAAUCAGAGAGAUUAUCUGCCUAAGUGCUUCUGCCAACAAACUCUUAAAUAUCCAGAAACAAGCGCAGGAAUAUGCAGCCCUGAUCAUGGAAGAGUUCGAUCCAGAUCAUCUUGGAUACAUCAUGAUAGACGACCUGGAAAUGCUUCUGCUGCCAACACCAAACCAGUCUUUAAGAGGUGGAGAUAGCCAGAACUUGAGCAAAAAGUUGAGCAAGAAGCUCAAGUAUACGAAGGAGAAGAACCGAUUAAGGAGAUGGAGUCAAAGCACAAAGUAUUUCUUACAGGACAACUGGCAGAGAGUUUGCAUAAUCGCACUGUGGAUUGGGGUUAUGUGUGGCCUCUUUGCAUACAAGUUUGUGCAGUAUCGAAACAAAGCUGCAUACGAGGUAAUGGACCAUUGUGUAUGCAUGGCCAAAGGUGCAGCCGAGACACUAAAGUUGAACAUGGCCCUUAUUUUACUUCCAGUUUGCAGAAACACCAUCACCUAUCUCAGGAAUAAGACAACACUAGGUGUUGUCAUCCCUUUUGAUGACAACCUCAAUUUCCACCAGAUGAUAGCAGGGGGAAUCGCAAUUGGAACUGGAAUACAUGCAAUUUAUCAUUUAGCUUGUGAUUUCCCUCGCCUUAUUUAUGCAAGGAGUGACAAGUACAAGUUGAUGGAACCUUUCUUUGGGGAUCAACCAUCAAGCUACUGGCGUUUUGUAAAGUCAACAGAAGGAGUGACUGGGAUCGUAAUGGUAGUGUUGAUGGCAAUAGCCUUCACGCUAGCUUCCCCUUGGUUCAGGAGAAGUGAGCUCAAACGUCUACCCAAACCCCUCAAGAGUCUCACUGGCUUCAAUGCUUUUUGGUAUUCCCACCACCUCUUCAUCAUUGUCUACAUUUUGCUGAUUCUACAUGGUAUUUACCUCUACCUGAUUAAGGAAUGGUACAAGAAAACGACCUGGAUGUAUUUGGCUGUUCCACUAGCCCUUUAUGUCUGUGAAAGAUUGAUUAGGGCACUCAGAUCCAGCAUCGAGCCUGUUACAAUACUAAAGGUCGCUGUUUAUCGUGAAAAUGUCUUGUCACUUCACAUGUCCAAGCCCGAGGGCUUCAGUUACAAAAGCGGGCAAUACAUGUUUGUCAAUUGUGCUGCUCUGUCGCCAUUCGAAUGGCACCCAUUUUCCCUCACCUCUGCCCCUGGGGAAGACUACCUAAGUGUUCAUAUUCGAAGUCGUGGUGAUUGGACGCAACAACUCAUCACAAGGUUCUCAAAGGUGUGCAAGCCACCUCCUAGUGGGGAAAGUGGACUCCUCAGAGCUGACUUCUUGCAAGGUGAUAGCAAUUCAAAUUUUCCAAAAGUUCUGAUCGAUGGUCCAUAUGGAGCACCAGCACAAGAAUACAAAAACUAUGAGGUGGUGUUAUUAGUCGGGCUGGGAAUUGGGGCAACCCCAAUGAUCAGUAUUAUGAAGGACAUAGUAAACAACAUCAAGGCCGUAAAGGAGGAGGAGGAGGAUGCUUUAGAGAAUGGAAUGAAUGGGAGAAGCGGUCAGACAUUAAAAGCAACAACAGCAGAAGCAGUACCAAAAAGAAAAGCAGCAGGGUCAACGAUCAACAACUUCCAGACAAGGAAGACAUACUUUUACUGGGUGACACGGGAGCAGGGGUCCUUCGACUGGUUUAGAGGGGAGAUGAAUGAGGUCGCUGAACUGGACAGCAGGGGAGUGAUUGAUCUCAAUACUUACUGCACCAGCGUCUACGAAGAGGGUGAUGCCCGUUCUGCUCUCAUUGCCAUGCUUCAGUCCCUCAAUCAUGCGAAGAAUGGCAUUGACAUCGUCUCCGGUACACGUGUCAAGUCUCACUUUGCCAAACCCAACUGGCACUGUGUCUACGAGCGCAUUGCCUCUAAUCACACCCAUGCCCGAGUAGGGGUCUUUUACUGUGGAUCAGCAGCGCUUGCGAAAGAGUUACGCCAGCUCGGAAAGGACUUCUCUCACAAGACUUCCACCAAAUUUGAUUUCCAUAAAGAAAAUUUCUGACCACAAUGGAAGGAUUUGGCUUAGGGCUUAGGCCGCGCGUGCUGUAAUUUAAUUUUUUUUUUUAAAAAAAAAAAAAAAGAAAAAAGAAACCUACCGCACAUAAGCCAAAUCUACUACAGAAAUGGAUAAGAGAAGCACUAGAUGACGACGAAGCCCUCUCGAGCCCCACCACGAUCGUUCCACUUGUAUCUUUUCUUUCUUUCUUUCUUUUUGGGUCAUUCUCUGUCUGAUAACCUAUAUAUAUAUAUAUAUAUAUAUAUAUAUAUAUAUAUAUAU